AUGCCAUGCAAGAAUGCCACUCUGGGCCUCCAGUCAACACGCACUGCGCUACAACAGACGCGCGGAGAGGUUCAAAAGCUCGCCUUCUGCCCAUCCGUCGCUCCUCUCUUCAUCCGUCUAUCUUUCGACGUACUGCCUCUGAUCCCGCUUCUCUUUGCAUCUCUUCACUUACUGCCUAGCUUCCUUACUUGCCCAAAGCCCAAUCUACUACCAACAUGCUUGUUCGCGUGCCAGCUGCCUGGUGCGAGCCCUCCACUCUCGCUCGCCGUCACCAAGAGUCUGCGCCAGAGAACGAGGCCAUCCCGCUCCUCAAGGUACGCUCUGCCUCUCCAAUCUCUUCAUAUCAUCGUGCUGACUCUAUGGCAUAGCCAAAAUACAUCCAACUGCCUGGCCUUGAAGCUUGGCUUCUACGCUGCACAGGCCGACGCUGCACUCGGCUGCCCUUCCAAGAUCUCCUAUACCGAUCCAUCCUUCAAGAACUUCCUCAUUGCCACUGCUGCGAAGCAUGGUAUCUACAAGAGUGGCGCCAAGCCACCAUCCUCUACCCUGAUCACCUUCGCCAACGAUCUCGGCAUCCAGACAUGCUACGGCCCGCACAUCUGGGUCGACAUUAUGAAGCGUGUCACUGGGGCCAUGGAUAGAUUUGGGCCAGAUGGCUCAUCACCACAUCCAACCCAGGUGAAUUCCCGUGGCCAGAAGAUCGGCUGGACAAGCAUUAUCAACAGUGCCAAUGCUAUCCUUGCCGGCCGUGACGCCUUCAGUGCUCCGUUCCCCAAUGCGGGCUGGAGUUUUGAGGCUAUUCCCAGUCAAAUCGCUGCUACUCCGACAAGCUCAGGCCGUCCUGUGAUGGUACCAGCUCCGGGCAGCAACAUUCUGACGCCGCCAGCAACACCUCGUCGGUCACAGUCUCCGGUCUUCUUGCAGACACCUUCUGCUCCUGCACAUGCCGGCACCGCCUCCCGCAUCGACGAUCAUGAUACUCGUCUGAACCGGCACCGACAACAAAUCAACACCAACACCAGUCGUCUUGAUACCCACGAAGGCCGGCUCGAUACCCAUGAGACUCGUCUGGACCGUCACCGCCACAACAUCGACACCAAUACUCGCCGUGUUAAUACCCACGAAGGUCGUCUUAACGGCGUGGACUCACGUCUUGAGCGUCAUCGCCGUGCGAUCGACACCAAUCAUGGCCGUCUCAGCACCUCCGAGAGCCGCCUUGCAGCUCUGGACUCUCGUGUGAAUGGCACCACCCAGCAAAUCAACACUACCUCUGAUCGUCUCCGCAGCGCCGAGUCCCUCCUCUGCACCCACGACGAAGCCAUUUCCGAUCACGCCUCUCGUGCUCAAGACACUUCCAAAGCCGUCAACAAUCUCCGUCAAGGCACACUCGAUGCUACCAAAGCUCUCACCAAGGGUAUCACUAUGGUGGGAGACCAGGCCGCCACAGCCACUUCCCUCGCUCAAUCCGCUUCCAAGGAUGUCAAAGACACAUCCGACAUCGUCAAAGCCCUCACCAAAGGCCUGAAUGCUCUCCAAACCCAAACCAACACCACCACCUCCCUUGCCCAAGACACCUCCAAAGACGUCACCGCCCUCCGCAACAACACCCUCAACACCGUCAAAGCCCUCGCAAAAGGCAUAUCCAUCCAGCAAUCCGACAUGGCCACCGCCUCCAAAGACAUCACCACUCUCCAAGAAAACACAUCCAAGUCCGCCAAGACUCUCGCCAAGGGUAUGAACGUUCUUUCCGGCAAGGUCAAUACCGCCACCACUCUGGCCCAAGACGCGAUGAAUGCCGUGGAUGCUCUAGCUGCGGGUACGAAGAAUGCUUUUGCGCUGCGCGAUGGCUUGAUUCGGAAUGGCGAGGUGAGGGAUUUCGAGAAUGCGGAGCGGGUUUCCAAGCUGGUGGAUGUCGUUGAGCGGUUGAAGAUGGCUAAGAUUCAUGACUUUUUUUUGGAUAUUUGGAUCCUCGAGUUGACGUCAAGAGGGGCGGAGAUUGUAAGAUAUGAAAGAAGGAACUUCUUUCGUUUUUUUUUUCAUUUCUUUCUUUUGUGGGUUCGGGGGGUUGGGAUAAACAAGAAAGACGGACAACGGGGGAAAAAAAAGGCGAAAAAGGGCACAAAAAGAGGGGUUUUUUUUUUGGUCUUUGACGCUGGACGUUGA